CGCCUCUCAACACGACCAUUCUCCAAGAUUCUUCCAACUCACCGCCGAUUCACACGAUAGCAUUAAAAAAAAAGAGAAGAGCGCGCGCAUCUAUUUCCACCACGAUUCUCCAACGUAGCCCUGCAGACGGUCGCGGUCACCGUCGCCCGCCCGCGCGUCAUAGACACAAUGACGUCUGCCAUCACCCCGUCAAAACCACAUCAACGAGAUCCGCAAAUGAGUCCACCACAACAGCCCCAUCAUCCUGCUCAUCCUGGCUCACCGCCGAGCAAACGUGAUCUGAAGUCGUGGUGGAAGAGUUUCCAGACCCGAGCGAAACAUCAAGAGACCCAAGACACACAGCCUAAGGGUAUAUUCGGAGUCCCUCUACGCCAAAGCAUCACCUACGCGAAUGUUGCUAUUUCGCUUGUCGACGAAAAGGGGAAGAGCUAUAUUUACGGAUAUGUACCAAUCGUGGUAGCCAAAUGUGGUGUUUUUCUGAAGGAGAAAGCCACCGGUGUUGAGGGAAUCUUCCGUCUCAGCGGUUCGGAGAAGCGCAUUAAGGAGUUGAAGCUACAAUUCGACUCGCCCGAUCGAUAUGGCAAAGGUCUCGUGUGGGAUGGAUAUACGGUCCAUGAUGCUGCUAAUGUCCUCAGACGAUACUUGAACGAUCUUCCCGAACCCGUCGUCCCGCUAGAUCUCUACGAACGGUUCAGAGAUCCCCUGCGUGGGCACACGAGGCAGGCUGUUGGCGAUAACGAGGGCACCCAGCUGGUCGAAGAUUUUAACGAAGUUGAAGCUAUUGAGAAGUACCAACAGUUGAUUAAAGAUCUGCCUCCGCUCAAUAGACAGUUACUUUUAUACAUCCUGGACCUUCUAGCAGUCUUUGCCGCCAAGGCUGACGAGAAUCGAAUGACGGCGCAGAAUCUGGCCGCUAUCUUCCAGCCAGGAAUGCUCUCUCACCCGCAGCAUGCCAUGGCACCCGAAGAGUACCGACUGAAUCAAUGCGUCAUUAUUUUCCUGAUUGAAAAUCAGGACCAUUUCUUGAUUGGGACCGCCGACCGUUGUGACGCCCGCGACCCCGAGUCGCAGCACAGGGAUGGCAAGAUCCGGAGGAAUCGUUCUACGUCCUCGCGACACUCCUUACAGUCCAACGGUGCAUCCACACCCGGCAGCCCGGCUCUGACACCAAACAGCGGGCUUGCUAGAAGCAACACAGUUCCAUCAAAGAAGUCUCCCCAUAUUCCUUCGGGCCGGUUUCCGUCUCGGCAGAGUUCACCAACCGUUGCGGUAGCUCCAGCUUCGCCCUCGCCCGCUGGUCCUACCAGAGCCGCUCCUGCAACAGUGGCUGAAGAAGGCCCGGCUGCGCCCGAACGGUCACCAGCAACGUCUCAACAUCUAACCCCGAUGGCAGCAGGUUCACAACCGGCUGUUAGAAGCCAGGAAAGAUUGCUAGGACCCCCUAGCGAAUUUGUGACGCCUCUGAAGGAAAGGAACCUUCAGAGUCUGUUCCAACGAACUCCAGGUUCCGAAGGCGAAAGACGACAACCCAACAAACUACGAAAGAAGCGAUUAGCAAGCAGUACGAAUCCAAGUGCACAAAGCUCUACGGCUUCGCUGCCCCAUUCAGAGGCAGUUUCUCCAGCAGUCGAGCCACCGAGUAACCCGAUAGAGCACAAAACCCUCCUUGAUCCGACUAUCUCAGAGAACGGCACAUCUGCCGAAACUCCUUCGGAGCCCACCCCACGAGCGUCUCAAGUACCAUCCCAGGUACCGGCUCACUCACCGUCUCAGGUACCGUCUCAAAUACCAUCUCAGGUGCCACCUCAAGUACCUUCUGCGAGUACUACCCAAGUUGACCAAGAGCAUCUCAACGCGCUGAAACCAAAGUCCUCACCGUCCACUUCUUUACAUUCAUCAUUUAACGAAGGAUCUGACAUAGAACAAGUAGAGGAACACAUGCCAGCCCCCUCUGCCCCGGACAACGGUGACAAGGAGAAGAAGCGCCGGUGGCGCAUGUCUCGGCGGAAGGAAGAUAUGAUGCCUAGCACUCCUCCCCAAAACUUAGGCAACAACAGUAAUGCCGAAAUGAGCACUUCAUCAGUUGGAAGUGGACAGCGGCCGCGCAAAAGUUGGAAUGGCGACUCUUCCGACGUGGCAGCAGCGCUAGCCGAAGCCGAAGCAGGAAAUAGAGAGAAGGAAGAACCCAAGGGACCUCUUGGAUGGAUCAAAAAUAAAUACCGGGAAGCAAAAGAGAAUGCGGAGAUCAAGCGCACGAAAUCUCCUCCUCCUAGGGACCUAGGACAAGGGUUCCUUACUCCAAGCGGGAAAAGCGUGGAUACUAUGGGGAGCAUUGAUGAGAAAGGGAUGUCGACAACUUCAAAUCCUACCCAGACUGUCGGCCCAGCUCCCGAGCGAAGUUCCACGCCUGCUCCACACGACGUCCCGUUACCGAACUCCCCACCACCUACUCAGGCGACACAUAAUGAGAGGCCCUCUAGUACCUAGUUGGAGGGGGCCUCGCGUCGAGGUAGAAGGAGGAGUAGUGUCUACUGGGACAUGACAAUCAGAUUAGUCAGUUCGUCGAGCGCGGUCCUGCUCAGAAAUCGCAGAGAUUCUCAAAUAGGCGACCUGGACGGCCAGGAUAAUUAGUCCUUUCGAACUUUUUUUG